AUGGCCGACGCAGAGCUAGAGGAGAUCAGACGUGCCCGUCUGGCACAGCUCCAGCAGCAGGGUGGCUCCCGUGGGGCCGGGGGUGAAGGCCAGGAAGACCAGAAGAGGGCAAUGGAAGGUGAACGCCGCUCCGCCAUCCUUAACCAAAUCCUCGAACCCGAAGCCGUCGACCGUCUCAACCGCAUCCGCCUCGUCAAGGAAUCGCGCGCCGCCGAUAUCGAGAGCCGGCUCAUCAUGCUCGCACAGACAGGCCAACUCCGCCAGAAGGUCACUGAGGAACAGCUCAAGGACCUGCUGAAUGCAAUUUCAGAGAACCAGCGCAAGACUGAGGAGGAAAGCAAGAUUGUUAUCAGCCGGCGGAAAGGUGGUUGGGAUGAUGAUGAUGAUUUGUUGGAUCUGUAGGGGUUUCGUGUUGAAUUCAUGUUAGGCAAAAAAAAAAAAAAGGCUAUUGUGGGUUUAGCAUUAUAACGGGUUGUACGAUUUGGUAUUUCAAAGAACCCUUCAUGGCGUUACGAUUCAUCUU